AUGGGAUCUGUAAUGAGUUGCUGCAGCUCUGAGAAAGUUGAUGAAGGGGUAGCCAUUGAUGGAUCAGGUCAGAAGAGUUCAUGGAGGAUCUUCACGUACAAAGAGCUUCAAACCGCUACUAAUGGCUUCAGUGAUGAAAACAAGCUCGGAGAAGGAGGAUUUGGUAGUGUUUAUUGGGGAAAAACAUCAGAUGGUCUUCAGAUAGCGGUUAAGAAGUUGAAGUCAAUGAAUUCAAAAGCGGAGAUGGAGUUUGCGGUAGAGGUGGAAGUUCUAGGGAGGGUGAGGCACAAGAACCUUCUUGGGUUGAGAGGAUAUUGCGUUGGAACGACUGAUCAACGACUUAUUGUCUACGAUUACAUGCCAAAUCUCAGCCUCCUAUCUCAUCUUCACGGCCAGUUUGUGGGUGAGAGUCGGUUGGAUUGGAAGAAAAGAAUGAAGAUCGCCAUUGGAUCCGCUGAAGGCCUUGUGUAUUUGCACCACGAGGUGACACCUCACAUUAUCCAUAGAGACAUCAAAGCAAGCAACGUGCUCCUAAACUCAAACUUCGAGCCACUAGUUGCAGACUUUGGGUUCGCAAAGCUCAUACCCGAGGGUGUGAGCCAUAUGACUACAAGGGUGAAAGGAACUCUCGGAUACUUAGCCCCCGAAUAUGCCAUGUGGGGGAAAGUAUCAGAGAGUUGCGAUGUCUACAGCUUUGGGAUUCUAUUAUUGGAGAUCGUAACUGGCCGAAAGCCCAUAGAAAAACUCCCCGGAGGAAUUAAGAGGACGAUAACAGAGUGGGCCGAGCCAAUGAUCCAAAAGGGCAGGUGGAGGGACCUCGUGGACCCAAGGCUGAAUGGGGAAUUCGACGAAGCUCAAUUGAAACGAGCUAUAAAUGUCGCCGCUCUUUGUGUGCAGAGCGAGGGGGAGAAGAGGCCUACUAUGAGAGUUGUUGCCGGGAUUUUGAAGGGUCAAGAUGAUAAUAUGGUUCAAGUGAAGGGGAAGUUGACCCCACAAAAGAUUGAAAGCAUAAAAUAUGGGGAAGAGUUGAUGGAGAUGGACCAAGCCAGUGAUGAUGAAGAAGAUGAUCAUGGUGCAUUUAAUUAUGAUCAGGAUAGUAGUGUUAAUUUUGGGGUGUUUAGUGCCAUGGAUGGUGUGCAAAAGAUGCAUCGCCCUUACAAACAUUUUGGAGAAGGAAAAUAA